AUGUCGCAAGAUACGACCACUUCCAUCGGUGUCCCUGGACCCUCAUCACCUCCACGCGCCCAUCCAGCCGCGAUGGCGGAACCAUCGCUUCGACGAACGCGAGGGAAAAGACGAGCUGGAUCUCCUACCGUUAUAGACGAGGGUCGUACCAAACGGAGUCGCAUGGACAGCGGUCGGCGAGAUAGGAAGGCCCGCGCUGUGCGUGCUUUGGCCGACAUUGAAUGGCUGCGCGACUGCAAGGGGGAUGUCCUUGCAGCCACCACGGAGGUGAAACAGGGCUACGAGCGGCUGAAAGCUACCAUCGUCGACCUGGCGAAGAAGCGUGCUCGUCGGACGGCGUUGGCGGCGAAAAUGCCGACUAUUUCAGAGGAGGCUCGACGCUUUGCGAAUGCUACACCCGAGCAACGCGACGUGAUGUUCCGCGCCAAGUACGGUGCGAAGAAACCCUGGCGAGAACAUACAGCAGAGGAGCUCGAGGCGUUGUACCGAGCCCAUGCCGGCCUACCGAAACGCCCACAAGAUUAUACAUUUGAAGAGCUUGCGGAGUUAUACCGGUCCCAGCUUGACGCAUGCCCCGUUCACUGCACCUGCAGACGGACGGCGCUUCAACAGUCGUGGUUUGAUAACUCGUCAAUCUUGCGUCCUAGGCCGCGCAUGGGCGUGGAUGCGCAGGGAAUAGCAUUUCAGGAUUGGUCCGCUUGCCCUCCUCAAACUAGUCAGCAGCGCGCCAUCCUGCCGGAGAAGGAAAUGCUGCUUGACCGUCAACUAGCCGCGGUCUGGA